UUUCAUGUGGUUUAGUUUCAUCGUAAACAUCAUCGUGUAAAGACGUUAUACCUGAGAAUCAAGUACGUACAUCUACGGAGAUCUUUACCCCUUCUCCAGCCUCGACUGCUCGUGUUCAUUAUUGAUCUUUCAACCUAGCGCGAAGAACUCUUUUGUGGCUGUGGUUCUGCUCCAGACGGUUUCAAGCGGUCCAAGACGCAGGUGGUUCAAAACGCGCACGUUUCUCUCGGUAAAGCACCUUGAAGGUUUUCUUCAUCAGUUCGAAGGCAGCAGCAGCAGAAAGGAAGGGAAAAACUGCGCGCCCGUCGUCUGUACAACUAGUUUGGCAAUUGAAAUUGCUUAUUGCAGUUACUACAGGAAGCGAACAGUUGGCUAAAUAACCCGAACAAAAAAAGAUGGAUGUGGACAUUAGCGAGGGAAAGGAUCGCAUCGGACCGAUGUACCGAGAUCGGCACGUGCUGAUCACUGGAGGAACUGGGUUUAUGGGAAAGGCAUUGAUUGAAAAACUCCUAAGAUGUACAGAAGUUGCCAAAAUCUACAUGCUAGUCCGAACAAAGAAAGGGAAAUCACCAAAGGCGCGAUUGGAGGACAUGUUUGCUAAUCCGCUCUUCGCCAAAGUAAUCGAACUCCGUGGGCUCAACACAUUGCUGGCACAAUGCGUGGUGAUUCCGGGCGACGUCACCGAACCCGAGCUCGGCAUUUCGGUGGAGGACAGGAAGCGGAUCGUCGAGAAUGUGUCCAUCAUCUAUCACUGUGCGGCGACGAUCCGCUUCGAUGAAGCCCUCAAGAAGGCAGUUUUGCUCAAUACCCGAGGCACGAAGUUAAUGGUGGAAUUAGCGAAACAGUGUAAAAAAUUGGAAAUGUUUGGGCAUGUAUCGACGUCAUAUUGUCACCUGAAUGAGAAAUUACUGAUGGAAAAACCAUACCCACCGCCGGCCGAUCCACAUAAAGUAAUUAAAGCCGUGGAAUGGCUGGAGGACGAUAUCGUUGAUGGUAUCACGAAGAAAAUCCUUGGCGAGUGCCCCAACACUUACGCUUAUACCAAAGCCCUGGGCGAAGCUGUUGUCGUUGAAGCGAUGAAAGACAUUCCCGUCGUGAUCUUCCGCCCCUCAAUCGUGGUCCCAACAUGGCGGGAGCCAAUCUCUGGAUGGACGGACAACAUCAACGGACCGGUCGGUCUUUUGAUUGGUGCUGGAAAGGGCGUCAUUCGUUCGAUGUACUGUAACUCCACUGGCUACGGCGAUUACCUUCCGGUCGAUUUCGGCGUAAGUGCCAUCUGUGUCGGUACCUGGAACUUCAUCGGGCGGAAAGAUUUCUCGCGAAACAUUUUUCAUUUAGUGAGCUCACAGGAGAUUAGAAUAUCGUGGGAAGGCAUCAUAGACCUAGGCAAGUCCAUCGUAGCCGAGCGAGUGCCACUAAACGGUGUCUUUUGGUACCCGGGUGGCAAUAUGAAGAAAUACAGAUGGCAACACAACCUGGCGGCUCUCUUCUUCCAUUGGAUUCCGGCGGUGUUAAUAGACUGCCUGCUGUACGUUCUAGGAUAUAAACCAGUACUUUGUCGUGUGCACCGAAGGAUCGCCAAUGGAUUUGAAGUGUUUGAAUACUACGCCAACAAUCAAUGGGACUUUGACAAUGCCGGUAUAAACCACCUGAGAGAUCAAAUUAACGAGGCAGAGAAGGCUAAAUUUAAAAUCGACGCUGGAGGAGUCGAAAUCAACGAGUACUUCGAAAAUUGCAUCUGGGGAGCUAGGAGAUUCAUUCUCAAAGAAACGGAUGACUCAGUACCGGCAGCUAAGCGGCACAUGAGAGUGAUGUGGUUCGUGGACAAGAUUUGCAAGACAAUCAUUUACGGCGCUUUCUUCUACUACUUUGGUAUGUGGUUGUACAACAAAGUGUUUGCGGCUGCAGUCUAGUACCGGAAAAUACAUUUCAAUUAGGUUAGCUUUAAAUUGUGUGCAUAUUGUAGUAUAAUUCCGCCGUGUACACCUACAAUUCUUAAAUGACAAUUUUUUUCAUAAAGGUGAAUGUUAACCUCUAUGUUCUCUUUCAAAUGGUAUAUACUAUUUUUGUUUCGAAUUAGGAAGAUGAUUAAAUAUUAACGAUAACGCACAUCGAUUAGCGUAUCUCGAAUCAA